AUGCAGUUGGAGAAGAAGAAGAAGAAGGGGAAGGGGAAGAGCAGGCUACCCUACGCGGUUUUCUCCCCUCUAAUGGUGGUGCUGCUGUUGUCGACAGUGACUCAAGGAUAUUCUUGUGACAACGACAAGGAAGCCUCAAUUUAUGAUGGGUCACACUUUGCCUUGCAUUAUUCAUGGUCAACUGAGGCACGUGCACGGAGAGCAUUAGCCAAUAUAUCAACCUUGCUUCGGCCUGGAGGCACCUUCAUUGGAACAAUGCCGGAUGCAAAUGUUAUCAUAAAAAAACUUAGAGAAGCUGAAGGACCGGCCUUUGGUAAUAGUGUCUACCGGAUACAAUUUGAUGAAGAGUUUUCUCAGAAGAAAUUUAAAUCUUCUAGCCCUUUUGAUAUCAACUACAACUUCCAUUUAGAGGAUGCUGUUGAUUGUCCUGAAUGGAUUGUCCCUAUCAACAUCUUCAAAUCUUUGGCAGAAGAGUAUGACUUUGAGCUGGUUUUUGUGAAGAAUAAUCACGAGUUUGUACACGAAAAUAUGAAGAAACCAGAGUAUGUUGAUUUAAUGCGAAGACUUGGUGCUUUGGGUGAUGGGAACCAAGACCUCAGUGGGUUUUUUUUCCUGUAUCUUUAUGCUUAUUCUUUGAAUUUGUUGCAUACUCUGGUUUAA